GCGAGCAGGGAGUAAACAACCUCCCCGUGAGCGUUCGUGCCACGACUGAAACUUUAUCACAAUCACCCGUGAAUGAGAAUUGUUUACACGUGCUGCUUUCGUUCCGAAAAGUAUGUUGUUCUUCCACGGACAUGGCCGGCAAUAGAAAUCUCUCAGCUUUCCGACAGUUAUCUCUCAGCUGCGACGGACCCAAAAUCAAACAUAAAUUAUCUUUGAAGAAACAGUUUUCCGAGGACAUACCAGAUCUGCGAGAAUGGCCCGGUCCAGACGCAGGCAUCAAAAUAUCCUUGAGCAAUAAAGGUAAACCUCCUGUAAAACACGCCUGGGUAGAGGACCCGCUAACAGAGGAAGCUGUGGUUGUGAACAAAUGCAUCAAGGAAGCAAAAACAAGCACCUCCGAAAAGUCUUUGGAGAAGGAAUCAAUCCUGCAUUCAAAGCAGGAAUUAGCUGAAAGAUUGCGACAUACCCUCAAAGAUAGAGGAAACGAGAAGUUUAAUUUGAGAAUAUUUUUGGCGCACGAUAGUAAAGACCUCGAUGAAGAUGGUCGCCACAAUAAAGAAAUAGAACCAGAACUGCCUCUAGAAACCCCAAACGAUACGCCAAAGUUAAUGACGCCUUUAGUAAUCAACAAGAACCCGUUUAAAUUACGCAAACCAAUCAGUAGAUCUAGGACUAUUUUUAGCGAAUCGUGUAGUUCUUCUUCCCCAACACCAACUAUUAAGCAUGCUUUCGAGAGUAGCACCGUUGUGGUGGUUCCUGUAAUGGAUAGCGACGAUCCUAGCUUCGAAGACGUGAGUACCGAUUCUUUAUUUACUAAAGAAACCACAAAUUCUGUUGAAAGGGGAAUCAAAGCCAUAGACUCCGUAAUAAUCAGACCAGUCAGCGCAGCUAGCAAAAGGGAAAAGUUCCAAAAACGUAUCAACUCCGCCUUUACAUCUACUAUUAGAGAAACACCAAAACCUAGACGUCCACUAGUGAGAUCCUCUUCUGCACCCUGCAAACCUGACCUUGGAAAAUCAAAACUGAACUUACCCAAGAACAAAUUCAAACCUUCUAGGAGGCUAAUUCAGGCUAAGCAGGCGUCUAUAGAUAAUGAUGAAGUCGGAGAAAAUAACGAAAAGAACCCAAAGAGUAAGAAAGAGUUAAAUAGAACAACUGCUGUAAAUGGGUGUGAUGUCGUGACCAUGGUCUCCUUAGUGAGUCCUGCUGGAAGUGAUUGCGAAGAAGUUCUGGAGAAUAUCAAUGAGAAAGGGGUACAGAAGAAGGAAACUCCUAGAUUGCAAGAAGAAAAUAAUAUCCCGAAAAUCAUGUCUUUACGGAAAGCUGCAAAAUCAGUGUCUUUUCAGCAAUCGAGCAUUCAUGCCAUCAGAAGUUUUUCAGCGAGUUUUCCGGCGAGACGAGCUUCAGUUAGCGCCGCUCUCAUGUUGGGAAAUCAUUCGAAAUCGCCUGCGUAUCCACCGAAGAUACAAGAGAAAAGAAGUACCAAUUCCACCCUACCUGAUGAUGACGAAAGAGUGCCAAAACGACGCCUUGUUAGGAAUAACACGGAGGAACCAAAGACUGUCAGUUGUGAAAAACCCGUGGAAGUCAAUCCCCUUCAAAGUAAUAAAUUGAAACCAAUGGUAGAAAAUAUUGAAUCAACUUCAGUAGUAAAACCUUCAGAAAGUAUUGUUACCGAUGCUGAAAAACCUAUUUCCCAGAAACCUGUUGACACUAACGACUCUGCGAAGACAGAAAUUAUGAUUGGAAACGACAAAGAAGAAUUGAAAUCUGCCAAAGAAAAACAGUGUUGGAACAUGUACUGUAAAAUGACUGAAAAGGGAAUCAACGUUUCCUUUGACACCAUUUUGAGAGGAAUGUUAACCCCCACAGAGUACAGAUUGAGCAAGAAGAAUUUAGAGCAAGUAUCGAGUUCCGAAGCUACUGAAACUUAAAAAGAAGAAGCGAAUUUGUCGAUUAUAUGUUUUGUGUUAAGAAAAUAAAGUUUGUUUCGGUAA